AAAAGGAAAAGACAUCAACAUUUGAUAAUUCAUCUACCGAGAACGUUAAUAUUGAAUCUGAUAACGACGAUGGUGUUAACGCUAAAACGGUAGAAAAUUUUGUAAACGUGAAGAAUCCCAAUGCGUUUACGCAAAGAGAAUUAGUUGCUCGUGCUUUUGCUAAUGACAACGUAAUCGAAGAAUUUGAAUCGGAAAAACUAGCUAUUAUCGAAGAAGAUAAGCCUAAAGAGCAAGACAUAACAUUACCUGGUUGGGGAACAUGGGGUGGUAAGGGAGUUAAACCACAAAAAAACAAGAAACCGAUAAUAGUCAAACCGUUACCAGGUGAAGGUAUUGAUACUAAAAAACGUCAAGAUGCAAAAUUAAAGCAUGUAAUUAUUAAUGAAAAAAGGAUUAAAAAGGCAAAGAAAUAUCUUUCUACGGAUAUUCCAUACCCAUUCGAGACUAGAGAACAAUACGAGCGUAGUUUACGUACUCCGAUAGGUAAAGAAUGGAAUACGCAUGAAGUAUUCCAAAAAAUGAUUACACCUAGAGUUAUCACAAAAAUGGGUGUUGUAAUUGAUCCUUUAAGUGCGCCUUUUAAAACCAACACCGAG